GUUGCCAUAAAGAUCAUUGAUAAGACACAGCUGGAUGAAGAGAACCUCAAGAAGAUCUUCAGAGAAGUUCAGAUUAUGAAGCUGCUCUGCCACCCUCACAUCAUCAGGUUGUAUCAGGUUAUGGAGACGGAACGGAUGAUUUAUCUGGUAACAGAAUAUGCCAGUGGAGGGGAAAUAUUUGAUCAUUUGGUGGCCCACGGGCGGAUGGCUGAAAAAGAGGCGCGGAAGAAGUUCAAGCAGAUCGUGGCAGCCGUCCACUUCUGCCACUGUCGGAACAUUGUCCACAGGGACCUGAAGGCUGAGAAUCUGCUUCUGGAUGCAAACCUGAACAUCAAAAUAGCAGAUUUUGGAUUCAGUAAUAUCUUCACACCAGGUCAGCUGCUGAAGACCUGGUGUGGAAGUCCCCCUUAUGCUGCCCCCGAGCUCUUUGAGGGAAAGGAGUAUGAUGGACCGAAAGUGGACAUUUGGAGCCUUGGCGUGGUGCUCUACGUGCUGGUCUGCGGGGCCCUGCCUUUCGAUGGGAGCACACUGCAGAACCUGCGGGCAAGGGUGCUGAGUGGGAAGUUUCGCAUUCCAUUUUUCAUGUCCACAGAGUGUGAGCACCUGAUCCGCCACAUGCUGGUGUUGGACCCCAGUAGGCGGCUCUCCAUGGAACAGAUCUGCAAACACAAGUGGAUGAAACUUGGAGAGCUGGACACAGAGUUUGAUGCGCUCAUAGUGGAGUGUCACCAGGUGAAGGUCGAGAGGCAGAUGGAGCCCCUGAAUGACGAGGUGCUGCUGGCCAUGGCCGAGAUGGGGCUGGAUAAGGAGCGCACCCUCCAGUCCUUACAGACAGAUGCCUACGAUCACUACAGUGCGAUUUACAGCUUGCUUUGUGACCGUUUGAAGAGGCACAAGAACUUGCGCAUCACUGCCACACCAAGCCUUCCACGGACCAUGACCUUCCCUGCCCCGGCAAGCAUCCAGGCAGAGCCGGCGAGUAACACGGUGAGCAUCAAUGUGCCGCAGGUGCAGCUCAUCAACCCCGAGAACCAAGUCGUGGAGACCGACGGAACCAUGAACCUGGACAGUGACGAGGGCGAGGAGCCUUCCCCCGAGGCUCUGGUGCGCUACCUCUCCAUGAGGAGGCACACCGUCGGAGUGGCCGAUCCCCGGACGGAGGUGCUGGAGGAUCUCCAGAAGCUGCUGCCGGGCUUCCCGCGUAUCACGCCGCAGGCCCCCUUCCUGCAGGUGGCUCCCAACGUGAACGUGGCUGCCAGCAUGCUCCCCAGGCAGCACCUGCAGCCCACCGGCCAGCUGGAGUACAAGGAGCAGUCCUUGCUGCAGCCUCCAACUCUGCAGCUGCUGAACGGCAUGGGGCCUCUGGGGCGACGGGCGUCAGACGGAGGAGCCAACAUCCAGUUGCACGCACAGCAGCUCUUGAAGCGUCCUCGGGGUCCUUCCCCACUUGUUACCAUGACACCAGCAGUGCCCGCCGUGACCCCCGUGGAUGAGGAGAGUUCGGACGGGGAGCCAGAUCAGGAGGCCGUGCAGAGAUACUUGGCCAGUCGGUCAAAAAGGCACACGCUGGCCAUGACCAGCCCCACCGCCGAAAUCCCGCCCGACUUGCAGAGGCAGCUGGGACAGCAGCCCUUCCGCUCCCGGGCAUCACACCUGGCACCCGAACAGCACCGCUACAUCUACAAGGAUCCCAAUACUUUGCACCUUCCCACGGAGCGCUUCUCUCCGGUUCGUCGUUUCUCCGAUGGGGCAGCCAGCAUCCAGGCGUUCAAGGCCCAGCUGGAGAAGAUGGGCAACCACAGCAGCAUCAAACAGCUGCAGCAGGAGUGUGAGCAGCUCCAGAAGAUGUAUGGGGGCCACAUGGACGAGAGGACCCUGGAGAAGACGCAGCAGCAGCACGUGUUGUACCAGCAGGAGCAGCAUCAGCAGAUCCUGCAUCAGCAGCUCCAGGAUUGUGUCCGUCCUCCGCAGCCCUCCCCGCCACUGCAGGCACCGGGAGAAAACCAGCCGGCUCUUCUCACGCACCAGCUGCAGAGGUUAAGAAUCCAGCCGUCCAGCCCCCCUCCGACCCACCCCAGCAACCAUCUCUUCCGGCAGACGGACAGCAGCCCCCCUCCCAUCAGCAGCAGUCUCCUCCAGAGCCACAGUGCCACCUCGCAGCCCCAGUUCCAAGGGAUGCCCUCUCACAGCGCCCUCUUCCAGCAGUCGGGCAGCUGCUCCCCUCCGCCUGCCAUGGCCCUCUCCUGCAUGGGCGUGCCGCAGCCAGUGCAAGGACAGUCAGUCGCCAUCCAGGUGCAGGAGCCAGGAGACGUGCUUGCGGGCGGCCUCCUGCAGGCCGGGCAGGGCAUGGCCAUCGCCCCCGGCGCCAGCCAGCUCCAGAUGCACCAUCGCGCCAACCUGAUGGCCUCCCUGACUUACGGGCACAGACCUCUUUCCAAGCAGCUCAGCACAGACAGCGCAGAGUCACACAGGUAUCCACCCUCUGGCUACGACCAGCUGCACUUGCACCCCCACCUGUUUCCGGAGCAGGCCCGCGUGUCUCCGAGCAGCUACAGCCCUGCCCCAGCGGUGGGAUUCCCUCCGACGCAGGCCCUGAAGGUUUCGCAAUUGGAGCCCUUCCCGGCCUUCCCCCAGAGCGCGCAGCAGCAGCAGCAGCACUACGCCACCUCCGCCCUGCAGCAGGCGCUGCUGUCCCCAACCCCACUGGACUACAGCCGGCACCAGCAAGUCCCGCACAUGCUGCGCGGCCUGCUGUCACCCCGGCACUCGCUCACGGGCCACGCGGACUUGCGGCUGCCUCAGGCGGAGCUGAUGAAGAGGCGGCAGCAGCAGCAGCAGCAAGAGGUUCAGGAGCUGAUGCGACACCUGAGCCAAGGGGAGGCUGGGCACGGGGCUGCUCACAUGCCCCAGAAACUCUCCGAGCGCCAGUCGCUGUCUUUGCCUUAUCAGAACACUGACACCUACCAUCCCCCACACCACCACCCCCACCACCACCAUCCCCCCCACCACCACCAGCACCACCACACCAGCCCCCAGCACCUCUUGAAAGUGAGGCCCCACGAAUGUAUCUCGCAGGUCCCGUCCUCCAUGCCAGCCCAUGGGUACGCCCCCCAGCCUGCCCUGGUCCACUCGGAGAGCAUGGAGGAGGAGGAGGAGGAGGAGGAGGAGGCGGUGGACUGUGUGUGCGAGGGGGACAGGGACGGUUUCCCAGACCAUAAGACCAAAGGUUGCCACGAGUCGUCGCUGCUCUUGGGCAUCGGGGGGCCGGGGGACCCCGAAUCCGUGCUUGGGACUGCUGAGCAAGAGCUUGGGACGCACCUUUACGGCCACCACCCAGCCGCCGCCGCCUUCAGUCGGAAUAAGGUGCCCUAUAGAGACUCCAUGGUCACAAGUGGCAUGGAAAGACACUCUCCAGGGGAAGCUGUGGAGAUGUCGGCUGUCGACGGGCCAGGAGCCUACACUGCAAGACCGGUCUCUGGUGCCCCACACAGGUCCCGGCCUCUGCAGAGACACCACACCAUUCAGAACAGCGAUGAUGCCUAUGUGCAACUGGACACACUAGCAGGCAUGAGUCUGAUGGCUGGGAAGGCCUUGAGCUCUGCCCGCAUGUCGGAUGCUGUGCUCGGCCAGUCGCCACUCCAUGACGGGGAGAGCGCAGAGUGUGAGGAGGACCUGGAGGGUGAGGAGCACCCCGGCCUAGGGGAUGGCAGCCAGCACUUGAACACCUCCUGCUACCCCUCCACGUGUAUUACGGACGUCCUGCUGAGUUACAAGCACCCGGAGGUGCCCUUCGGGAUGGAGCAGGCCGGGGUGUAGAGAGCAGGCGGGCUACAGGGUGUGUACAGCGUUGAAAUGAAAAGGUCCAUUUCAAACCAACAGUAUCUUGCAGCAUUGCGCCAAAAGGCCGUAGCGUUUCUCCUGGAUGGAACAUUGACGGCUCCUCCUCCUCCUCCUCCUCCUCCUCGGUUCAACAGUGUGCUUGGUCCUUUGGAUGUCCCUUUUUGCCAUAUAUGUCUGUGAUGCCAGCCAUUCUGGAGUCACCAGCGCGCUCCUCAUCCAUAGGCACGGGGGUCAUGUGUAUUGAGGGCGGAGGACCCCCCCCCCCAAGCAGGCAGCAGGUGCACCUCGGCAGCCCCGUGGCAGGAGGGAAGAGGAGCCCCCUGCCCCGCUAGCCAGCAAUAAACAGAUGCUUUGGGUGGCACCCCAUCAGGAUCUGCCCCCCCCCCACGCACAGCGACGGGCGGGCCAGGGGCAGCGCAGCCUCCAGCAGGGCCUGCAGAGGACCCCGGAGCAGAGCCCUCCCGCCAGAUCCACCCCCUCCCCGGCAGUGGUGCAAUAUCGCUUUUGUGUGUCUUUUCUUUGUUAGCUUUUCAACUUUAGAUUUUGGCCUAUUGAGUUACAGAGUGUCUGUCCUUCCUCCCCCCCCCUUUUUUUUGGUAACAGCUUUUCUUUUCCGAUCUACCUGCUUCAGUUUUCUUGCCUCUGCCCCUUUCUGUGGAAUGCUGAGAAUCUGUUCCUCAUUUUUACUCACACACACACACCUGAUCAUGUAGGAAUUUGUUUGGUAAAUGUUUUAUUAAUAUUAAUAUUAUUAUAAAUUAAUGAAUAAAAGGCAAAAGGGACUUGUGCGCGAGAGAACUCUUCCCCCUUGGCCCUGAGUGCUGCACCUGCCACCCCCAGGAUCGGGGACUCCCCCCCCCACCUGCCGCCUGUGCCCGUGAUGGGAAGUGGAGGGUAUCCUCCCUGUCCUCCCCCCGCCAUCCUCGCAGGACCUCCUUUUCUGUGACUGAUGCAGGUCCCGGGGACCCUCCCGCAUCCGGGCCUUUGGGGAGUCUCAUGUCAUCUUUUUUUGCCUUUGGGACUUUUGGAAAAGCGACAACAGAGAAUUCCUAUUUCUGACACUUUUUGGAAUACUUUUUUAAAAAGAAAACAAACCUCCGCGCAGCCCUCCCAGAUCUGCACAGAAGAAGUGCAAGACCAGCCCGGCGGAGGUUCUUUUGCCGUCACCAUCGCUUCCUCGUGGUCUUUGCCUCCUCCACCGUGACGUCCUGCCUCUGGGUGCUGGGGUCAGCCGGCAGGGGCCAAGCAGCUCCCCCCCAGCCCCUGUGUUCAUCCUGGACCUCCUUUGCCAGAAGAGGGUGGCGGGGUUUGGAGGGCCACCACCCCUCGUGGGAAGGGGCCUGGUGGUGCCACGGCCCUCUCCGGCCUCGCUUGGGACUUCUCCUUGGGCUGACAUGCCCUCAUGUGCGUUCCCGAGAGGCACCCGCCGCCGCCCACCAGCGCCACCCACACCAGCUGCGCAGGGACUCACUCGCCUGCUGCUGCGCCCUCUUGCAGUAUCACACCCCCUUUUCUUUUCGUCAUUGUUUUUUAACCAUUGCUUUGUAUUGUAGUAAUCAAUACUUGCAGUAUAUGUUGAAUGUACGAUAUACUUUGCUAUUAUUUCUGUUUCGGGGAAUGUCCAGAGUAUUUUUUUUCUCAUUUAUGUUGGACUCAGAAACUCC